ACUAAGCCGAACAGAGUAUACUCCUUCCUGCUUCCCAUCUCAAAGCAGCUGCAUGAUUUCCUGAGGAUGCUGUUGCUGGAGCUAGGGAUAAAGGCUCAUUUAUAACACAACAACCUGCAAGUCUCCAGUUUCUAUUCUUCCUCGUUCCUUCUGCCUUCCCCUCCCCCACUUUGCACCAGAGGAGCCAAAUUUAGGCGUGCUUUAAACAGUUUGAGGACUAAUCUGAAAGAGGAAGAAGAAUCUGUAUACAUUGGCUAGCAUAUGUGCCCUGCCCUCUCUCCUCUUGAAAAUAGCGACAACUCGUCUUUUCAAAGAAGCCGGCCUAAAGAGCAGGAGCCCUGUGAAUGGAGUGUGCUUUCAGGACUGUCCAGAGUAUUCGGUUCUCCAAGGAACGGGUAGAUUGGAUUUACUGAAGACUUGGAGCUUGCUUCUGAGAGUAAAUGCAAAAGGACCUUAAACUGUCAACCUUGAAGUUAGCAGAUCUUGGCUGCACUGACAACCUCAAUUGGCUAUCUGAAUAUCUGUCACUGAUGAAAGGGAGACCAAAAGGAAGAGUUAGGCUUGAUCUGAAAUUACAUCAUAAGGAGCACUGACCACUAACCAGGUACACUCGUGAAGGGUACUGCAGUGCCAGAAAGAGGUACCAAGCAGACAUUACCAGAGAAAGAUGGAUGGAGUCGGAAAUCUGACAGUAUCUCCUGCCAGUAAUAAUACAUGCAAUGACACUAUUGAUGACUUCCGCAAUCAAGUGUAUUCUACCUUGUACUCUAUGAUCUCCGUUGUGGGCUUCUUUGGCAACAGCUUUGUGCUGUAUGUCCUCAUCAAAACAUAUCAUGAGAAGUCAGCCUUCCAAGUAUACAUGAUUAAUUUAGCAGUUGCAGAUCUACUGUGCGUAUGUACACUGCCUCUCCGUGUGGUCUAUUAUGUUCACAAAGGCAUUUGGCUCUUUGGUGACUUUUUGUGCCGGCUCAGCACCUAUGCCUUGUAUGUCAACCUCUAUUGUAGCAUCUUCUUUAUGACAGCAAUGAGCUUUUUCCGGUGCAUUGCAAUUGUUUUCCCAGUCAAGAACAUUAAUUUGGUUACACAGAAAAAAGCCAGGUUUGUAUGUGCUGGCAUUUGGAUUUUUGUAAUUUUGACCAGUUCUCCAUUUUUAACAGCCACAUCUUACAAAGAUGAGAAAAAUAAUACCAAGUGCUUUGAGCCUCCACAAGACAAUCAAGCUAAAAAACAUGUUUUGGUCUUGCACUAUGUGUCAUUGUUUGUUGGAUUUAUCAUUCCUUUUGUUAUUAUAAUUGUCUGUUACACAAUGAUCAUUUUGACUUUACUAAAAAAUUCAAUGAAGAAAAAUCUAUCAAGUCGUAAAAAGGCUAUAGGAAUGAUCAUAGUUGUGACAGCUGCCUUUUUGAUCAGCUUCAUGCCAUAUCAUAUUCAACGCACCAUCCACCUUCAUUUUUUACACAAUGAAACUAAACCCUGUGAUUCUGUCCUUAGAAUGCAAAAGUCAGUGGUCAUAACCUUGUCUCUGGCUGCAUCAAAUUGUUGCUUUGACCCUCUCCUAUAUUUCUUUUCAGGGGGGAAUUUUAGGAGAAGGCUGUCUACAUUUAGAAAGCAUUCUUUGUCCAGCAUGACUUAUGUAUCCAAGAAGAGGGUCUCCUUGCCAGAAAAAGGAGAAGAAAUAUGUAAAGAAUAGUUUAAACCCAUCUACAUGAAUGAAAAGAGUUUCCCAAACAAGUAUUUUCUCAAAUCAUUUACAAUAAAAAUAAGAAUUUCCAUUAAUAAUUUACAAAUACUUAACUGAAUGUGUGCCUAUAAAUCUAUCUCAUUUAUUCAUCCACAUUAUUAGAGCUCCCAAAGAUAUUUUAAGUGUUAAAAAUUCAGUCCACAAGGGGCUGGCCCCGUGGCCGAGUGGUUAAGUUCGCGCGCUCCGCUGCAGGCGGCCCAGUGUUUCGUUGGUUCGAAUCCUGGGCGCGGACAUGGCA